UGCUGGCCGUUCGGUCCGGGGCUCUCUGGGUGACCCCUGCCCGGCACUCAGCCCGCUCGGAGCCUCUGUUAACUCCUCCGUCCGAACAGGAGACCCCAUGACCAUGAGGAGGGGUGGUGGGCUGGACGGCUGGACGGCUUCCAAGGGCCUUUCCGGGUUCCCGUGAUACGUGACGGGAGGGGAAGCCAGAGGUCGUAGGUCAGAGGCCCCCUGUGACCCCUGUGCCCCCGUGACCUCAGGGGGUUGGUUUUUGCUACCUUGAAACAGGAAGGCCAUCAGUGGGCAGUACCAUCACCUGUGACACUGGCUGGGUCCUCAGCGCUCUGCCUGGGAGUCUGGAAAGAUGGCAGAUGCCCAGCCUGAGAGUAAAAAGAGGGAACUUCCUCCAUGGAUGAUAGCCCGGGUGGAUGAGAGGAAAUCAGUGCCAAUAUGGAGGCCAACUAAGAGGAGAAAAACCACAGAGCAGUCAGCAGAUGCAUCAUUGAGUCUUCCCUCUUUACGAACUGUGUACUUCAUGAAUGAAGCCGAAUUGGUGGAUGUUGCUCUGGGUAUCCUGAUUGAGUGCCGUAAACAGGAAAAGCCUUUGGAGCACACAUUGCUGCUGGGAACUGAUAAGGCCCAAACCACACAGCCAGAGUCCCCCUGGGCUUCUGAGAGCAGUAGCAGUGGAGAGGAGGAGGUGAAUGAUGCCCUUCGCACAAGUCUCUCAGGCAAGCAGGAGUAUUCAGCCUCUGGCCACAAGAAGAACUCAGAAGAUGAAGAGGAUGAGGAUGCAUUAAAAUAUGUGAGGGAAAUAUUUUUCAGUUGAGAAGAUAGAUGAAAAAUUCGGAGAAUGUUUUGCUUUGAGUGUGUUGGGAUGCUUCCAUGCUCGUAGUUGCCAAGUUUAACCAGCAGGGAAUGCAGUGCUGCACCCUUGGAGUGAAGCCUCUGCAUCCCAGAGCAUUAGCCCAGGGUAGUCAAAUCAGGGCAGUCCAAACUGGUAUUGAAUUGAUGGUGUAGUAGUGAGCAGUUAAGUGUGUGGCCAGGAAAGUCCUCACAAUUAUUAUGGUGUAGCUUUACUUCAGUGUUAAGCAGUGUUAACCACAGGUCUGUGGUUCUGGAAACUCCAUGGUCAGCUUAUCCAGAGGGUAAUCACAUUCUGGGAAAAACUGACUUGCACCAAACACAUACAAGACUAAUUAAUGUGUACCAGAGAGGCAAUUUAUAAUGGACAACGAAGAAGGAGACAGAUAUACGUGCUAGACAGUUCAUAUUUUAUUAUUGAUAAGACUCAGAGCUCAUGGCUUGACCCUAACUACAAAAGCAGUUACUUCAGGUAGGAUGAGAGAAGAGGAAGGGGCCAGGUUAGGUGGCUUAUGGCAGUGUGGCACAGUAAGGUGACUUUGUGGAAAAAGGAGGCAAAGACCUACCUAUCUCGACCCCUGUGGGGAAUCUCCUCAUUAUCAUCAGGGAAAAUUUGAAAAAUGGGGAGGAUAUCCCUGCCUGUGUAAGCCUUCCUCCUAGUAUUUUUAACCAAAGUCUUUUAUAUGCACUGGGAAAUAAAAAAAAUUGACUCAUUU